AUGUCGAGCACGACGACUGUAACACUCCCACCUGGGCUUGCGGAUAUCGAUCUUUCUGGGUACGAUGCGGAGCAGUCGCGGUUGAUGGAGGAGCGUUGUAUUCUGGUUGACGAACAGGAUCGCGCGUACGGCGCCGCAGACAAGAAAACAUGUCACCUCAUGGACAACAUCAAGAAGGGCUUGCUACACCGCGCUUUUUCCGCAUUUGUCUUCCGGCCGUCAGACGGCAAACUGCUCCUGCAGCAGCGCGCGACGGAAAAGAUCACGUUCCCGGACAUGUGGACAAACACUUGCUGUAGCCAUCCGCUGGACGACUUCCCGGAGGAGAAGAUCGAGGAGCACCAGCUUGGUGUGAGGGUAGCGGCGAACAGGAAGCUUGAGCAUGAGCUGGGAAUUCCGCGCAGCCAGACGCCUAUCGAUGAAUUCCAGUACUUGACGCGGAUACAUUAUUUGGCGCCGUCGGACGGCAAGUGGGGAGAGCACGAAGUUGACUACAUCUUGUUCUUCACCGGCGACGUCGAUGUGACCGCAAACGAGAACGAGAUUCGGGACUGGAAAUACGUCGACAAGGCCGAGCUGCAGGCCAUGUUCGAAGCACCAGGUAACUUGUUCACACCGUGGUUCAAACUCAUCGCCCGCGAUUUCCUGUUCGGCUGGUGGGAUGAAUUGUUGGCGCGUAAGGACGAGUCUGGGAAAGUGCGGGCGAAGAGCCUGGCAGGGUUGGUCGACGGUAGCAAGGUUGUGAAGAUGGUGUAG